AAUGGCUGCUUCCUGCACGAGCCCGUCGGGGGUAGUUGUCUGGGAAUGGAUGAACGAAUUCGGUCGAUGGAGACCUUACGAGCCAGGUGUUUCAAACUAUAUUGAAAACCAUACAACAAAUGGAGUUACUCUUUAUCUCAAAAAUGUAGAUCCGAAGCUCUCAAUGUACAAAUUGGAUUUACAAAACUAUGUCCAAAUUGCACAGCACACUGGAAAACAGCGUCAAAUUAGAAGAAAAAUAUAUCUAGCAGAUAGUGCACCAGGCAAAGGAAUUGUUUGGAAAUGGGAAGGAGAUCAGAAAGGAGAAUAUCAUGCUUAUGAUCUUGACAUAGCCAAUUUUUUAGAAAAGGCAUAUAUGAGUAACCAGCAGAUUAUAAAUAUACAACAAACAUUUUCAAACUGUCCGUACACUGUUGACUUCAGAAGAAUGACUCAGCAACGAAAUGAAACUGGUUUUCCAAGACAAGUUCAGAGAAUAUUUCUACCUGUAUCCUAUACAUUUAUUGGGAAUAAAACCCUAGACCACCCAAUUGUGGGAAGGAAACGGAGUCAUGCAGUUGAUCAAGAUGUUCAUGCCUUACAUGGUCAUACCAGUAAAAGGAAAUCAAACAGUUUACCUCCUAUCUCACAGCCACCCAAUGGGUUCACAUUUUCUGCUGCUUUGUUGAGUACAGAAUCCACAUUUUCAAAUUCCUUCCCAAAUGCAAAUUAUCAGUCAAGUGGUUUGCCAUUGUAUUCGUAUACCAAUCCAAACACCUCACAGGGUUCUCUUAGUUCUAGUCAGCCAACACAAUGUAAAGUCACCAGGGCUCAACCAUUUACUGUAAAUACUACAAUAAACCCAAGGCCUUUCAUCUUUAGUCCAGCAAACAACAGUUUAGCACCAAGUUGGUCUACCCCUUCUGGUGCUAACAGAAGUUUUGGUAUUCUCCCUGAUAUCUCUGGUGCUUAUACAAGAUUGUUUGGUGGAACAUCAACAUUGUCAUCCUACAGUCCAAGUCCACAGCUGAGUGCUGGACUGAAUUUGCCAGCUACUCCAAAUGCUACAGUGCCCAUAAGGUCCACUUCAAGGGGAGCAAGCAGAUCUGGUGGAAAUGUGAUAUAUUUAAAGGAGAAAUCAACACCAACAAGUGCUGAGGAAGUCCUGCACAAUUAUGUGACAAUCAAGCCUUCACCUGAAGAUGAGGACUGCUGCAUAUGCUGUGAAAAGCUUAAUGAUGCCUCUGGUUAUGAUAGUAAAGACACAGUAGUGUUCCAGCUCCGCAAAUGUAGUCACAUGUUUCACAAAGCCUGCUUGCAUGCCAUGUAUGAGAAUGGGCAAAAGGAUGGAAGCAUCCAGUGCCCAACUUGCAAGACUAUCUACGGACAAAAAUUUGGUAACUGUCCUGAUGGGUCAAUGGAGUAUCACUUAUUGCCUCAACAACUUCCUGGGUACAGAGACUGUGGAACUAUACAGAUCAUAUACAAAAUACCACGCUCUGGUAUACAGGGUCCUGAGCACCCUAAUCCUGGUCAAAUGUACACAGCCAGGGGAUUCCCCAGAGUUGGAUAUCUUCCAGAUAAUGACAAAGGAAGAAAGGUUUUACAACUACUCAUCAAGGCCUGGGAGCGUAGGUUGAUUUUUACAAUUGGCAUGUCAACUACCACAGGAGAACAAGACACGGUGACAUGGAAUGAAAUACACCACAAGACAGAAAUAGGCACUAACCACUCUGGUCACGGCUACCCUGAUCCUAAGUACUUGGAUAAUGUUAUAGCUGAGCUAGCAGCACAGGGCGUGACAGAUGAAGAUGAAUAGAAACUUGUCUGUUGUGUGUCAUGUCAACUCUUAUUUUUGCAUUAGUGCCAUCUCAGGACAAAGAUAUAGCAAUUUUAGGUUUAAUAAACGUGAACUGUCUCAUCUGAAUAAAUUGUGUUCAUUGAGCAGUUUAAGCAUUAGAGUAAAUGUUUUUUAUCAAAAUUACUUGACAAGUUAAAUAUUGUGCACACUAACGGUUGCUUGAAUAAAAUAAAGAUUAAAGAUUCUCUUUGAAAGAAUCUUAAGAUUUCCAUCAAAUGCUGAUGGGUGUAUUAUAAUACCUUCUGUUUAAACUUGCAGGUCAGUAUUGUCAUUCAAGAGCAAUUAUUUAGUGUAUGAUAGGUACAAUAAUUGUCAGAUGCCUGUGAUGAAAAUAUGAUGCAGUUUAUAAUAUUGUAUUGCAUUAAAAAACAAGGUUCUUAUAGUUUGAUAUCUAUGGGAGUUCACUGCUGCUACACCAAAGUAGUUUUUAUGAACAUUUCGUCUUGUAUGAGAAUCAUCCUGAACUUUCUUUACUGUGCUGCUGUGGUCAUUUCUAGCCUAAUAUCUCACAAAUGGAGUGGCAGUUUUAUGCCAUGUUGCCAAAUAAUUUACUGUUUGUUCUGUGGUGAAAUUUAGUUAAUUUCAUAGUUUUAUUGCCUUUGAUCUAGUCUUAACAGCUCAAUGUAGUUAAUGUCCAUGAUAGUGGUAUAAUUGUAAUGAAGAAUAUUUGUCAGGUAGUUGUAUUUACUUGGAAGUAACAAAUUAUGUUUUUAGCUAAAUAGAAAUGUUAGAAACCAGUUGUCUGGACAGAACUGAUGUUGAUGCAUCCCAGCUGUUUGGCUGAGUAUAAUUAUAUAAUGCAUGCUUAUUCGUUAAAAAGAAAGAUCACAUUUUAAAUCAUUUCUUUGUUUGUUGAUAGGGUAUUGAUUAUUAAAUGGCAAUAAUAUCUGUUUAUCAGAACAGAACAGUUAUCUUACAGUAUGCUGAAAUUCUUGUUGUGGAUGAACAUUGCUGUAUAAGAAAUAUGAGUCAAGUACUUGUUCAUUUAUGAAAAUGCUGAUAAUUCUUGAUUGCAUUGAAUAAAUUUAUGCACAAAUUAUUAUU